CGAAGACGACGACGGGCGCAGCGGCCAUGGCACUGCAGCGGGCGACUCCCCACGGCGGCGCGACGACGCAGCAGCCCGCGGCGGCGGCCCCCUUCCUCCUCGGCGAGGAGCAGCUCGUGCGCGAGACGUCCGCCCUGGAUAAGCACGGCUAUCUCUUCGGCCAGAAGAUUACGCACUCGCUCUCGCCGUUUCUGCACCAGGUCAUCUACGAGAGCUUGGGGCUGCGAUGGGGCCAGGUGCGGCUCGACUCGUGCGACAUGGAGCUCUUUCUGCGGCUCGUCCGGCACCCUGACUUUUACGGCGCCUCGGUGACCAUGCCCAACAAGGUCGCCAUCCUGCCUCACCUCGACCUCAUGACCGACGAGUGCCGCGCCGUCGGCGCCUGCAACACCCUCUUCCUGCAGUACCCCCACGACGACGACGACGACGACGACGACGACCCGACCGACCGACAGCAGCAGCAGCAGCAGCAGGGACAGCAGGGACGACAACGACAAGGACGAACCCGACGCCCUCUCCUCUGCGGCGCAAACACCGACGUCGUCGGCGUCCGCGACUCCUUCCUGCGCAACGUCGCCGACCCGGCCCUCGUGUACCACGACCGACCCGCGCUCGUCAUCGGCGGCGGCGGCGCCGCCCGCAGCGCCAUCUACGCCCUCGCCCGCUGGAUGCGCGCCACGGACAUUUACCUCGUCAACCGCGACGCCGACGAGGUGGAGGGCCUGAUGCGCGACUACCGCGCCGCGGCGGUGGGCGGGUGCAGCGGCGGUGGUGGCGAGACGCUCGUGCACGUCGCCACGGAGGAGCAGGCGCGUCGGCUGCCCGCCCCGGGGGCGAUUGUCGCGUGCGUGCCGGACGUGGCGCCGCGUACCGACGGGGAGAAGUUGGCGCGGCGCAUUGUUGAGGUGUUUCUGGCCAAGCAGAGGGGGAGGAGGCGGCGGGAGUGGCACGGCGCGGAGGAGGAGGAGCAGCAACAGCAGCAGCAGCAGGAGGAGAAGGAGCAGGAGGAAGAGAAGCAGCAGCAGGAGGAGAAUGACGACGACGACUAUGAUGGCCAUGACAGGAGCGACGACGCGGCCACGCCCCCCCCGCGGCGCACCAAGGGCGCCAUGCUCGACAUGUGCUACAACCCCACGCCCUUCACCGCGCUGGGCGCCCUCGCCGAGCGGCACGGCUGGCAGGUCAUCCUGGGCACCGAGGCGCUCGUAUGGCAGGGCCUGGAGCAGGACCGGUACUGGACGGGGAGGCCUGUCGACGAGCUGCCCGUGGACAAGGUCAAGGCGGCCAUUGCGGCGAGCGUGGCGCAGACAUCGCAGUCGAGGCUUUAG